AUGACUCUUGAUUUCGGGGCCAAUGCCAUUUCUUUUGUUAUCGGCGACGAAGUUGGGUGCAAGGGCGAAUAUCCGGGAAAGGAGCAGUCAACCCCAACCAGGAUUCUCCAUUCAAUACGGGCCGCCGAACCGGGAUGCUGGGAGGGCAUUCCCGGCAUCGAGGGCGGCACCAUGGCCGAGGAACUCUAUGUAACCUUUGAGUUCAAGCUUCUCCUUCUCGGCCUCCCGUGCAUCGUUUCCCGUAAGAGAGUGAGGGCUGUCCACCGAGCAGUCUGGAAUGGUGGCUUUGCGCGAAUUGGAAACCGGCGUCUUCAAGCAACACAGGGUUAUCGGGAUUCCUCUACCGUCUUGCCGUUAAAAAGGUUGGCCCCGGCGGCCAAACCCCGAGAUCUCAGCUUCGGACCAUGGAAAGAUGCCUGCACGUCAAUUCCUGAGAUACUUGUGUGCCGCCAUAUAAGACCGCCAACUAAGGCAUGGACUGCGUCAGGCUUCCCGGGGAAGAUGGGCCCCUCGUUCUUGCCUGUCAAUUUAUCUGCAGGCGAUAAUGCGCAGUGGGCUCCGUCGUUACAUGUUCUCCGGACGUACGGAGUGCCUAUUCUUCUUUUCCGGGACGAGCGCGGCCUUGGCAGAUCCUCGGAAACCGAAGGCACAAAGCGGAACGCAGGGACGCGGCGAUCAAGGACUUCGUGA